AUGGAGCACUCGCAGCAUCCUUUUUCCAGGAACUUCCCUGGGCCGGAAGCUAGAGGAAUAGACCCUAAUGACAACAUACGGGCUUGGUUAGAUGGCAUAGUCAUCGACGAAGAAACCAAGCCCAUCGUCACUGAUGUGCUCCACGCGCUCAGUGGUCUCCAGCACUCGGCAUCUCCUCACGUCUCCGGAUCGUAUCCGGCAGGCAGGGGGCGACAGACGCAGACGGUCGUGAACGUUCAGACCAUUGGCCCUGGCUUCAUUGGGCGAGCGCCGCCGGUUACCUCCACAGAGUUCUUGGCCAAUGUGAUUGUUGUGGCUAUUCUCCUGUUGUUUGCGCCGGGAUUUACCCUCUUGGCGGCUGGGGUGUUCUUCACUUCCCGAGUUGCUGAGCGGUGGGUUAGUUAUGACUAG